AUGGAUACAUACUUCAAGAUCUGUCAGGCAAAGGAGGAAAUCAAGCGCCUCAACAUCGAGAUUCAGCGAGUAAUUACCUAUAUGCACAUCGAAGAUACAUAUCUCCGUCGCCGAGAGGGAGCAAUUGCCGAAACAGAGCCUGCCUUGGCAUUUCAGAUAUCGAGAUAUCGUCAGGAUAGGGAACGCUUCUAUGCCGCGCAUAUGCACCGUUUCUAUGCCUUGUCGAAGGAUGCUGGUUUCACUGGAAGUGUGGAAGUAGGGGUAGCAGCUGCGCGACUUUCUGGGUUUGGGUUGGAAGAUCGUGAUGGCAAUGACAUGAGCAUAGAUCAUGAAUAUGCUGUUGUCAGUAGGAUUUCCGAUGCAGAUAGCGAUGAUAGCGAUUAUGAGGAUGGUGAAGAUGCAGUACAUGAGCAAGUACAAGCCAUUAUGCAGGUUUCAGAAGAUACUACAAGGGAAUGA